CCCGAGAGCUCCGUGCCGAGGAGCAGACUCCCCGCUCGGCCAGACAGCGUGUACUGCUCCGGUAGUCAUCGAGGAGCGACCGCGCCUAUGUGUGUGUGUAUAUGUGUAGAGACUGACGGGAAGCUGGACGAGAACAAGCAACAUAAACAAGGUUUUCCCCGAAUGUCGUGGCAUUUACAGUGCCAUGGACAGCAAAAGUAAUUACACACCCUGCAGAGCUAACACAGGCGCAUCUCCUGAACUGCAGAGCAGAAAAUGACUCAGAGAAAUGGAAUCAGAGGGACGAGUGAUCGCUGCCUCCAAUCUGAGGCCUCUGGGGACCGGGAGCCGGCAGGGGCCGGUAUGGAGAAAGUCCACGAGAUCAACGACGGUAUGGAGAAAGUCCACGAGGUCAACGACAAUAUGGAGAAAGUCCACGAGGUCAAUGACGGUAUGGAGAAAGUCCACGAGGUCAAUGACGGUAUGGAGAAAGUCCACGAGGUCAAUGACGGUAUGGAGAAAGUCCACGAGGCCAACGACGGUGAAUCUGAGGAGGGUGCUCAGGGAAAUGAAUGCAGAGACUCCGCGCCUGUAAAGGGAGAAGUCACAGCUCCAGAUGGCGGUUGGGGCUGGGUGGUGCUGGCCGCCACCAUCAUAGUCCUGGCUCUGACCCUGGCGUUCCCCUCCUGUGUGGGAAUCUUCUACACCGACCUGCAGAAUGAGUUCCACGCCUCCAACAGCGAGACCUCCUGGGUGCCGUCCAUCAUGACGUCAGUGCUUCACGCAGGAGGUCCCUUAUGUAGCGUGCUGGUGGAGAAACUUGGUUGCCGAGCGACGGUCAUGUUGGGCGGCGUCCUGAGUGGGCUGGGAAUGGCUGCCAGUUCAUUUACCCAGUCCAUCACACAGCUCUACAUCACGGCCGGGGUUAUCACAGGACUUGGUUUCUGCUUCAGCUUCCAGCCAGCGGUGACGAUCCUCGGGCACUACUUUGUGCGUCGCCGUGCGUUCGCCAACGCGAUGUCGUCUACGGGCACAGCGCUGGGACUGUGCUUUCUGCCUUUCCUGGGUGACUACCUCCACACAGAGCUGGGCUGGAGGGGAAGUUUCCUUGUUUUGGGGGCCAUCCUGCUGAACUGCUGCGUGUGCGGAGCAGUGAUGAGGCCCCUGCAGCCCCCCAAGCAUCGCGGCCAGCCGCUCAUGAACCACGGACCCCCUCCGCCCGAGGAGGAAACUGAGAGGACGGAGAAAGGGAGGAUGAGAAGGAUAUGGAGCUCUUUGGGGGCUUCUCUGAGCAAACACAUGGCCUUUGAUCAGCUCUGCCACAACACACGUUACUGUGUGUACGCCAUAGGCAUCACCUGGAUGAUGCUUGGGUUCGUGGUGCCUUUAAUUUACCUGGUUCCCUACGCCACAGCUAACGACAUGGAGCAGAGCCGGGCCGCGCUGCUGCUCGGCAUCCUGGGUAUGGUUAACAUCGUGGUGCGGCCGCCCUUCGGCAUCCUCUUCAGCAUGUCAUGGUUCAAAGGGCGUCACAUUUACGUAUUUUCCGCUGCUCUGCUGGUCAACGGGCUCAGUAACAGCAUCUGCUGCAUCGGGCCCAGCUUCCCCGUGCUGCUGGCUUAUGUGGCGGUCUACGGGCUGUCCAUGAGCGUGGUGGGCUCGCUGAUGUUCACUGUCCUCAUGGAGAUAGUGGAGAUGAGCCGCUUCCCCUCAGCUCUAGGUCUGCUCGCCAUCAUGGAGAGCGUCACGCUGCUCAUCGGACCUCCGCUGGCAGGAGUCCUGAUCGACAGAACAGGCCAGUACUUCCACGUCUUCUUUGCCUGCAGUGCCGUCGUUGCCUCCUCCGCUGUGUUCCUCAUGGUGUCAUUUUGCUGGCUGGAUAAAAGGGACAGCGAGUUAUCCAAGCAGGGUCAGCCCCCCGCUCGACCUGAACCAGCUGUUGACUUGGCUCCUGGCUGUCAGUACAUCAGCGUUCCCACAGAGGGAGACAAAGACAAGGCCUCGUCUAACGGGGCAGAGUACAGUGUAUGACCGGCCUCUGAGCCAGCUCUCACCGUGUGGCACUUUCAACACACAGCACACUCCGGCUCAGACAGCUUUUGCGGAUUAUUUCCCCAUGUUUGGAUCGGCUUGUUCGGUGCGCCAGAUGUUGCCAAGUUUCUGCCAUCUGGUGCGCCAUUAAGGUCCAAACAAACAUGAAUAAUCUUGCACAGUUUAUCCAAAGUUAGACACUUGAUCCUGCUUACCAAAAUGAAGAGAUGUGCACUUAGUAUCACAAAAUGCUGCUGAUCUUAUCUACGUGAUCACACAAGCUAUCCUGUAUCGUCUCUGUCGGGGCAGGAACCUUGUAUCUCCGUGUUCCGUCAUUUAAAUCUGUUUUCAUAAAUCGGUGCUAUUGGUCACCCUUUACAUAUUUUACAAAUAUUUCAACAGUGACGAGGCGAUUUUGUCUGACUUCGUCUGAGGUAAAUGGCUCAACAAAACAAUUUUAAAAUGAGCUUUUUUUAAUUUCCUGAAAAAGAACGGCUUUGGACAUACAAGGUUUUCACCCAACAGAGACAAUAUGAGGUAUCUCACUUCAUCAAGCCAUCAAUCAAUCAAUGUAUUUGUCAUGUGAAAUCAUAUGAAAUAGGAUUCCAGUGAAAUGUAAUCCUGUCAGUUGCUUCAAUUUAUGCGUUUAAACAGUCAAAAUGUU